AUGUCAGGCAACUCACGCAGGAGCGACGUCUAUCAUUCUCCUUCGACUCCCACUAGCCGCUCUCCAGUCGAAGAACGGCCCUACCCAAACAAGUUCCCUGGAUCGUGCUACUGUCACGAAGUGGAGUAUGUAGUAGAGCUUGGUGACCCAGAGAACGAAGCCCGAACGUCGAUUUGCUAUUGCCAGAACUGCAAGAAAUGGACAGGAUCGGCAUUCGGAAUCACCACCAGGGUCCCUAAAAGCUCUUUCAAAUUGACGAAAGGUGAAACCAAGAAGCACGUCUCGGAUAACGGGUCAGGGACGAAGCUACAUCGCGAAUUCUGUGGAACCUGCGGAGGAGGAAUUUUGGAAUAUGGCGAAAACGCUGGAGAUAAAACCUACAUCACCUACGGCUCCUUCGAAGAUCCUAGUCAACUACCUCCCCGCGGCGAAUUCUUCUGUAAAUACCGCGAAUCAUGGAUGCCCGAAAUCCCAGGACUGUUUCACAAGAACGAAAUCAAGAAUUAG